AACUGGCGUACGAAGCGUCAACAUUACUACACUGUAUAGAAUUCUCGAAGGCAACUCAAGUCGCCCUGACAGUGGACAAUAUAACAGCCGAGGAAAAACUAUUCCACACGUUCUAUUUCAAUAAACCGUGUCGGUCGUCGACACAUCAUUUUGUGGAAUGAUUUCCGAGCUGUCCAAUCCCUCGGUGUGUAUGAGGGACCCCCAGAGAGUCCAGGAGAUUCUGCAGUCCAUGCUGAAGGCGGGUUCAAACACGUUACAGGUUAUCUCGGACUUUGACAUGACUCUCACGAGAUUUGCGUUUAAUGGCAAACGAUGCCCCACCUGUCACAAUAUUCUCGACAACAGCAAGCUAAUCUCUCAAGAAUGCAAAGGACAGUUGAAGGAUCUGUUGAACACGUACUACCCCAUCGAGAUCGACUCGUCGCGCUCCAUCGCCGAGAAGCUGCCACUCAUGGUGGAGUGGUGGACCAAAGCGCACGAGCUGCUGGUGCAGCAGAACAUCAGGAAGGACCUGCUGGCCGCGGUGGUGCGCGAGUCCGAUGCCAAGCUCAGGGAGGGCUACCAGCUGUUCUUUUCGCAGCUGCACCAGCACAGCAUCCCGCUGCUCAUCUUCUCCGCCGGCAUCGGAGACAUCCUGGAGGAGGUCAUCCGCCAGGCCGGAGUCUUCCACCCCAACGUCAAGGUCUUCUCCAACUACAUGGACUUUGACCAGUCCGGGGUGCUGAGGGCCUUCAAGGGCGAGCUGAUCCACAUCUACAACAAACGGGAGGGCGCCCUGCUCAACACGGGUCACUUCCAGGAGCUGCGAGCCCGACCCAACGUGCUCCUGCUGGGAGACUCCCUCGGCGACCUGACCAUGGCCGACGGCGUGCACGACAUGGAGAACGUCCUCAAGAUCGGCUUCCUCAACGACAAGGUGGUGCCAGAGAGAAAAAAAAUCUCAUUGCGAAAUCUGCUUUUAGUGAACCGCCCAGAAUCAGGUGGAGGAGAGGAAGCAGUCCUACUUGGACUCGUACGAUAUCGUGCUGUUGAAGGACGAGACCCUGGACGUGGCCAACGCUGUGCUGCUCUACCUCACUGGGAACAAGUGACCCCACUUUAUAUUUAGGCACACAUUGGACACUCCUUUUUUUUUUUUUUUUUUACUAAAAGUCAUAAUGUCCACACGCUCCUUCCUUUUUGUUAACACACGAUACACUUCAUAAGCGCUAAUAUGGCGCUACUUAAGAGAAAAUGCCAGGCACAUUUUGUUGUUUUCUGCUUUGUAAGGAGGUCUCUCCUAUUCGUUUCAGUUCUGUACUGUACACAGUGUUACCAACCUCAAAUAAAAUGUGCUGUCAUUUUGUCA